UUUGCUCUAAUGAGCUAAAUUGGGCUUAACGGCGAAGUGAUUGGGCCAAGCCUUUGGGUCUUUGUUUUGGUCGCCCAAGCUACGAAGCCGAGCUGGUGACUCAUGAAUUGUAGUGACAAGCCAUUGAGCCGAUCUCAUGAUGCCGAAUUGAGACGGUUGAGCUAACUUAAUGUGCCGAAUUGGCAAAUCUUGUGAAAGGGUGUAGUCCAUUUCCAACAGAUAAGAACAAAAAUUCAUGUAAGAAAAUUAAUGUUAUCUUUUGACCAUAAAAAUAAAAUCUCCAGAGAGAUCAUAGACUAUUAAAUAGUCAAAAAGGAAUCCAUAAUUUCUUAAAAUAAAGAUUUGUAUAGAAGAUCUUGAAAAUAUUAAUAGCCCACGAGAAAAAGUCAGCCCAUUACAUAAAGCCCAUUUGUAUAAUCAGUAAAACUAAUCAUGAUAAGUCUUUGCUUUAUGGCGUGAGAUUAAUGAGUGAGUAACGCGUGUCUAAAGACACAACGGCUAUAUUUAAGACAAGGUCAAAGGUGGUCUCGGCUGUGAGUUCUUGUGGGACCCAAAAGAGCGUUACUUUCCUAUUAGCAUUGAAUACCGUUGGCGUUACAACACUCACACCAUUGUGCCUUCUCUUUCUUCUUCAGUCAUCGUGCUUCUGUGUCAGAGACGCGGUGGUGGUGAUAAAAUGACGGCGGCCGGAGUAGCAUCGGAGAAGACGAAGAAGCUAUUCAAGCUUAGUCUCUCUCUCUUCCGUCUUGGCUUCAACUCCUCCAAAUGCAAAACGGCGGCGAAGAUGGCUGUAGCUCGAAUAAAGCUUUUGAGGAACAAGAGACAAGUUGUGGUGAAGCAAAUGAGACGUGACAUUGCUCUUCUUCUUCAGUCUGGUCAAGAUGCCACUGCUCGAAUCAGAGUAGAGCAUGUGAUUAGGGAGCAGAACAUACUUGCGGCAAACGAAAUCAUUGAGCUUUUCUGCGAACUCAUUGUUUCAAGACUCGCUAUCAUCACCAAACAGAAGGAAUGCCCUGUGGAUCUCAAGGAAGGCAUUGCUAGUUUAAUCUUCGCUGCGCCUAGAUGCUCUGAGAUUCCGGAGCUUGGAGAUUUAAAAGACAUCUUUGAGAAGAAGUAUGGAAGAGAUUUUGUAUCUGCUGCUAUUGAGUUGCGUCCUACCUGUGGGGUUAACCGGAUGUUGGUUGUUAAGCUUUCGGUUACGCGUCCCGAAGGAGAAUUCAAACUGAAAGUCAUGAAGGAGAUUGCAAAGGAGUUUCAGGUUGAUUGGGAUACUAAAGAGACAGAACUAGAACUUCUCAAACCUCAAGAAGAAACCAUUGAUGGGCCACGUGCGUUUGUCAGCGCCUCAAGCUUACCAGUUGAACGUGCUUCUCAAGAUCCCAUUGAUCCUAGCAUCAACACGCAUUAUCAUGGCACUGAGUCAGCGGCUGAAGCAGCAGCUGAAUUAGCCAAGCAGGCGGUUGAAGCAGCACAAGUAGCCGCUUUAUUAGCUAAAAGAAGAGACAACAGCACCAAGGAGGAUCAUUAUCAUCUAGGUUCAACAAGACAUUCCCUAGAUUCUGAAACAAGCUCCUACUACGCCAAACCUUAUGUCAGAAGACACAGCUGCAACAAUCCGUGUGUAAAUGAAUCUGACCACAAGGAAGAAUCAGAAGCAAAGGAAGCAGUGAGGAGGAGACACAGCUACAACUCUCCACCACUACCUCCUCCUGCAACUUCUGAGAUCAAGUUUGAUGAGUCAGACUAUGAGGAAGAGACAGAGCCAGAAGAAGGAUUACUGCAGAGUCGUGCUUCUUCGCUCCCACCAAACCGAGCACCACCUCAGGCUCCUCAGUCGAGAAGGGACUCAAGCGGUCACCAAGUUCACCCAAAACUGCCUGACUAUGAUACUUUGGCGGCACGUUUUGAAGCAAUCAGACACAGUAAAGGGCCAUUGAUCUGAAAGAAACUUCACUUACUCCUCCUUUAUAUAUAUAAAUAAAUAGAAAUAAAAUCACCUUUUGGAUUUAUGCAAUUAUUGUAUUUAUUACUUUGGUUUAGUCAUUGUGUAUGAAGAAGAAAGAAGCAUUAUGUUUUUAUGUACUGAAAGUCAUUGUGCAGAUUUAUGCAUUGCUCUGCUCAUCGUUUAUGUAAUAAAUUUAGCAUAAGGGAAGUUGAUAACGA